GCUAAUGGCGGCGUAAUACGGGUGGAAUAACUAGUAGCCCCUGUUUAUUUAUUUUGGUGGACGAAAGGACGUUCGCACCUGGUUCACACGGUAUAUCACGGUAGUACAAGGAUGGUGGGGCUCUGUCGCUGGCUGCUGCUCCUGUGCUUUUCGUUGAGGGUGUCACCGGUCCCAAUAGAGCGCAACCCAAACGCCCAGGAUGUCCCACCUGCACAGGAAGAAAAAGCAGAGGAAAAUGUGGAUACCGGCCUGUACUAUGAUCGGUACCUGAGGGAGGUGAUCGAGGUGCUCGAGACGGAUCCUCAUUUCAGAGAGAAGCUGCAGAACGCCAACACAGAAGAUAUUAAAAACGGACGUCUCAGCAAGGAGCUGGACCUGGUGGGUCACCACGUCCGUACCCGGCUAGACGAGCUGAAGAGACAGGAGGUGUCUCGUCUCAGGAUGCUUCUCAAGGCCAAACUGGACAGCGCCAACACUCAGAGUGUUCAGAUGGAUCAUGCCACCUUACUGAAGCAGUUUGAGCAUCUGGAUCCCCACAAUCAGAACACGUUUGAGGCCAAAGACCUGGAGCUCCUCAUCGCUACGGCCACUAAAGAUCUGGAGAACUACGAUGCGGAGCGUCACGAGGAGUUUAAGAGGUACGAGAUGCUGAAGGAGCACGAGCGGAGGGAGUACCUGAGGAGUCUGGAUCAGGAGAAGAGAGAGCGGGAGGAGAGGAGGCUGGAGGAGAUGCAGAAGAAACACCGCCAGCAUCCCAAAGUCAACGCCCCGGGCAGCGUGGAUCAGCUACGGGAAGUCUGGGAGGAGACCGACGGUUUGGACCCGCAGGAGUUCAACCCCAAGACCUUCUUCAAGCUGCACGAUACCAACGGAGACGGCGUGCUGGACGAGCAAGAACUGGAGGCGCUGUUUACCAAAGAGCUGGAGAAGGUGUACGACCCAAAAAACGAAGAGGACGACAUGAUGGAGAUGGAGGAGGAGAGGCUCAGGAUGAGGGAACACGUCAUGAAAAACGUGGAUCUGAAUCGUGACCGAUUAGUCAGUCUGGACGAGUUCCUUCAAUCCACAGAGAAGAAGGAGUUUAACAACCCGAAGGAGUGGGAGACCCUGGACGAGAAGCCCGUGUACACCGAGGAGGAGCUCCAGCGCUUCGAGGUGGAGCUGCGGGACAAAGAGGUGGAGCUCAGCAGGAGGGUGGAGACGCUACGACAGGAGCAGGAACUCCUGAAGGAGAGAGGGAAAGCUCUGGAGGCUCAGAAGAGGGAGUACCAGCAGGCGGUGAUGGAGAUGUCCCAGAGACAGAAGGCCCAGCAGACGGCCCUCGCCCAGCCGCCGUCGGGUCCCGCUGGAGAACUACGGUUUCAACCUGAGCUUGAGCAACAAGCGCAAGAACACAAUCCUGUUAGGAAGGAGCCAGUCGAUCUGAAUCCAGAACCUCAGAAGGGUUUACCUGCUGAACCACCUCAGAACCUUCCUCAGCACACACUGUAACACACACACGUCACACAGACACACACACACACACACACGUUACGGUGUUCAUAGGUUCAGAUGAUGUGUUUUGCUUUUUCAUUUGACUCAUUUGUGUGCGGUUUAGAAUUUAACCCAGUUCUGACACUGCUCUGUAUGUUCUGUAUGUAUGUUUUAAAGUCAUAUCUAGACACACUUCAGUUCUCAUCGUUCCAGGGGCAGCAAAGCAACCCCAAAACAUCAUGGAGUUUUUUCCCCCCCCUGUUUUAUAAUAGACACAUUCUUAGAUUUGUAAACUGAAAAAAGGGUGAAUUAAGUGUUUAAUAUGUUUAAAAGAGAUAUAUGUGUAUGCCUCCAUCACGGACGACAAUGUAAAAAUUUUUAACUUGAGAAGAGUGAAACGAGCUGCCGGUAAAGAAAUGUGGUUUUAUUUUAAGCUAAAAAUAAUCAACCUCUUUAUUCUUAUUGCUGUUAUUGUUUCAAAAGCUGUGCGAUGGAGUACAACUAGAUUCCCACGUGUCAUUUUGAAUAUAUUCAUUUGUUUUAUCAUUUGAAAUCCGUUUGGUCAUUAAAUAAAAGCCACAUUUCUGUUCUGGUAUACAUAUAAAAGUGAGUGAAAAACACAGUAUAAGACCAAAAGUAUUUGGACACCUGAUUAUAAGCCGAUUAUAAUCAAAUGCUAUUUACAUACACAAGUGUGAUAUUUUCAGCUAGAACAGCCGCCGCUCUUCUGAGGAGGCUUCUCACGAGAGAGACUUUGAAGUAAAAAAAAAGCCUCAGUUGAUGUUCUGGUGCAUCCCAGAGCUGUUGAGUGGGGCUGAGGUCGGGUCUCUGCACGACGCUGGAGUUUCUUGGUUUUGAAACCGAGCUUUUCUUCAUGUGCACAGGGGUACGGUCAUGCUGGACUAGUGGUUCAAACCCCACCACUGCCAGAUUGCCACUGUUGGGCCCUUGAGCAAGGCCCUUAACACUAAAUUGCUUAGACGGUAUGCUGUAUAUUGUAAGUCGCCUAAGAUAAAAGCGUCUGCGAAAUGCUGAAAAUGUAAAUGUCAUGCUGGAACAGAUAGAAGGGCCGUCCCAAUACUUUUGUCCAUAUACUGUAUAUUGAUCAGUGACGGUUUUGUUUUUUGGCUGUAUUUGUAGUUCUGGUUUCCUGUGUUUUAAUGCAGAUGAUUAAUAUAAAAUGUGUUUAUGCUACUCGAAUGUUUAUUAAAGUAUUAAAAAUG